AUGAUAAGGGGCCAUGUUUUGGUAAGGUUCCCCCUACAUUUUCUACAUCACCCACCCACCCACCCACCCACCCAAGGGAGCCCCAGGCCCACCGCUCCUCACCACACGCCGCAGAGUCGCCACGACCACCAAGGCCCGGCCCGGGCGGCCGUCCCAUCCAGGGCUCGUCGCUCUGGCGGCUCGCCACUCCGCCGACCGCUGCCAGGCCAGCCUCGCUGCCGAGGCCCAGGGGCCAGAAAAACACCAGGCCCGCCGCCCCUCGCCGCAAGCCGCAGUCGUCGUGAGCCCCCCAAGCCCCGUUGCCGAGGCUCGUCCGGAACCGCGGAGACGCUCAGGCCACCCCUCCACGCCGUCGAGGCCGCCGCGUCGCCCGGCUCCGGCCCGCUCAGCUCGCCGCACCAGCCCGCGGGCCGCAGAGUCCCCGGGGACCUCCCGACGCCCGCCGCAGCCCGCCGCUCACCGCCAGUCCAGGCACCCAAGUCCAGGCGGGGAAGACCGACGAAUCCAAGCCCGGGCUACUUAAAUUAA